AUGCCUCUUUUCGCAGCAGCAUUGCCUGAUGUCAACAAGGACAUCUUGGAGUCUUGCUUCACACUUCAUGACAGAGAGUUGACAGUCUCCUUCACCUUUGUGGUGGAGGGAGUUGAUGUCGACGAAGUCAUGCGAUCAAACAUUUCUCUGUUCCAGCAGUUGGAGAGGAACUUCACUGGAUUUCUAGCCUCUGACAAAAGCAGUCGAAUCAAGCCUCAUCAUUCGCACGUACAGUGGAGGAAGACUACCUCAUGUAGCUUGGAUGAUGCAAUGCUCUUUGAUGUGAAUAUUUACCCGCGUGACGGCUAUACGGCUAGUGCGCUGGAACGUUCCUUGCCACCUGUUCAGAGCAUCAAGGAUGCUUUGAACGGCAGCCUGACGGCCAUUGGCAUUGAUCGACUCGCCACGCAUGAAGAAGAGCCUGGUGAUAUUCAGGUGAAUGUUGUGAGUAGGCCACGCCUCGUGGAGACUGCGAUCGUACAGAAGUGGGCUGUAGAUUUGGGCUGCAACCUUUUCAUCAUAGGCAGUGCGCUGCUGGCCUUCAUCUCUGGCAUGGACAUCUUUGAAGACAUGCUCAUCUGUGGCCUGAAGCAUUCCAACAACUCCUCCUUGCGCACGAACUCCGCCAUCGCCACCUACGAGUACCUGGGGAGUGAUGCCGAGGCUGUGAAAGAUACGGAUGCCGACUUCCAUGUGAUGGUGGGACCCAGGUCCGAAAAGCUGUUGUACCUAGCUGGCGGCCUGAUCUUCUUGGUCGGAACCUUUUAUUUCCAGCAUCCCCAGAUGAUCAGCCACCGGAUUCCCUCCGAAGUCUUGGCGGAGGAGGACGUCCUCUUCGCAGCUAUCUGGAUGUUCAUCAUCGGCUCCAUCAUCUUUGUGUUUGCCACUUUCUUGAACGCGUUAACGCUGAAUGCCUCUGGCCGCACGUUCAUCCACUGGGCGGUGGCAACCUGUGGGAUCUAUGAGUUGGGAGGCAUCCUGUUUGUUAUGGGCUCUGUGUGCUUCAUGCCCAAUCAGGGCUGCAAAGAAGGCAUGGAGAUCCUGGGUGCCUGGUGCUUCAUCCUGGGUGCGGCCUGCUAUGUUUUGGGUGACUUCAUCGAUUUUAUGAAGACCAGUGCACUGAUCUUUUUGCGGCUGAAGCAGGAGGAGGCGGCGCACCGCAUCGAGCGAGCGAUGCUGGCGUUCCUCUUCCGGCGCCGCCUGGAGCAAGCUGGCAAGCUUCGCAGCAGCCCUUCACAGUCUCAACCGGCACUCUCGAGGGGUCUUACCCGUGCACGUAGUGGUAGCGUGACACAGGCUGGGCUUGUGACAACUUUCAGGCAAGCGAUGCUUCAACGAAGCAUCAUACAGGCUUUACAAUUGAGGGACGUGCCUGAUUUCCGAUGCGAAGUUUGA